CUCUUGGGCGGCAAGUUCGUGGUGGCAGACCCCGCCGACUUCCCACACGACACCGACGUGGACUACGCCACCACCACCGCCGACAGCACCAGAAGCAGCAAACCUUCCACCAGCUCCGUGGCCGCCAGCGCCUCCAUCACGCAGCAAUCCCCCAGAGCAUCCAGCGGAUCCUCGCCCAGCUCGUGUACCAGUUCCCCCGUCCUCAAGCAAGAUGGGGAGCACUACGAUGCCAACUUGGUCUUCAAAUCCACCCUCCGGAAGACCGUGGAGCCGUCCGCAUGGAGUCGAGCCAAAGGACUUGCAGGCAUGGAUAUUCGUGACGUUACAGUUGCCCAUCUCAGCAGACGUGGCUUGGAAGAAUAUGGACUUCGCCCCCUUUCUCACGGGCUACGCGAAGACAACAUCGACGUCGACGCCACCAUCGAUGCCAUUUACAAGUCCAAAGACCUCAAACCGCCAGACAAAGUGAAGGAAGCUACCAACUUUGUCACGCCAUUGGUAGACGAGAUCUUCUUGGCUAUGAAGCCGUGGACUCAGGUCAAGAAUUACGGGAAGAACUCUGAGCAGGACAACCAGGUCGCGCAACGCAUGCAAGAGCUCGAGGAGGAAGCCGCCAAGUACAAGCAGCGGCUUAAGUCGGCAGGGAUGGAGGUUACACCAACCAAGGUUCUCCCGCUGCAACCCCCACCACCUUCGGCACCGAGCGCGCUACGUCCAGGACCUCCACCCGACAGCGCUCAGGAAGACCCUCCCCUCAAGCGACGUCGCACUCAGCGCGGAAACAAGAAGAAGCAGUAUGAAAAGAUGAUCGAGGAGCCCUACAACGUCAUCAAGCAAAGUGGACAGCAGCCUCCGACGAGCAUGACCUCCAUCAAAACUUGGGUCAUCAACCUCAAGAAGACCAUGCCAGCGGACAAGCACAAGGAGCUGGACCAACACAUUCAGCAAGUCCACAACCUGCGCGAAGAGGGCCAGUACACCAAGGUGCAACUCCAGGAGAUGGCCACAAGGUGGGGACUUCCAAUCUCGCUUAUUACGGCAACAGCGGCCUCCCCCAGAACCCUACAGCAGCUCAUUGCAGCAGUUACGUUCUUGGCUGUCUGA